ACCCGGCAGGGAUUCAGCCCCUGCCCUUCAGCGUCUCCUUGCAGCCGCUGCCGCCCACCUUUCCGCACCCAUGUCUCUGCCUGUGGUGCUCCCGGGGUCCUGCUGCCCGGUGGCGGGACUCUCCGCAGGAACGCAGGCUGGGGGUCCGGGAGCCGCGGCCGCAGCGGCCGCCGCCGCCCAGGAGCCGCCGCUGGCCCCGCUCCGGCCCCGCUGGUCGAGAUCAGGGCUGCAGCCCCCGGCGCGGCCUCGCUGUGCAGCUGCCUCAGCCUCCUCGGUGCUCUCGCCACCGCAGCCCCCGUUGUCCGCCCGCCGGGCCGCCGCUGCCGCGGCCGCCGCCGGAGUCCCGGGCUCCGGACUGCUUCCCGCCCGCCCGCUGCUGUCCCUGGGGCUCCUGCAGCUCAUCUUAGGCUGCUGCAUGGUGGCGCUCAGCUUCGGGGCACUGUCUCUGAGUAGUUCCCCGCAGGUGAAGAACUCGUGCCCGUUUUGGGCUGGCUCCUCGGUGAUCCUCUCUGGAAUCAUAGGACUAACAACGUGGAAAAGACCAAUGAUACUUUUGGUGAACCUCUUUGUCUUACUGUCUGUAGUCUGCGUCCUGUUGAACCUUGCCGGAUUUAUCCUAGGCUGUCAGGGGGCCCAAUUCGUGUCUAGUGUACCCAGGUGUGAUCUGGUGGAUCUCGGGGAAGGCAAGAUUUGCUUCUGCUGUGAAGAAUUUCAACCUACCAAAUGUACAGACAAAGAAAACGUGUUGAAACUCUUCCCAGUCCAGCCAUGUAGUGCUGUUCACCUUCUAUUAAAGAAAGUCCUCUUUGCACUGUGUGCCCUGAAUGCUCUGACCACGACGGUUUGCUUGGUGGCUGCUGCCCUUCGUUACCUACAGAUAUUUGCCACCCGGAGACCCUGCGUAGACGAAUCCCAGAUUUCUACAGAAGAAAUAGAAGGACAUGGACGCAUUCCAGACCUGGAAGAUUUCGUACCACCUGUGCCACCUCCCUCAUAUUUUGCUACAUUUUAUUCCUGCACACCCCGUAUGAAUCGCAGGAUGGUAGGCUCUGAUGUUAUCCCACUUCCACACAUCUACGGAGCUCGGAUUAAAGGUGUGGAAGUUUUCUGUCCUCUGGAUCCACCCCCUCCUUAUGAAGCGGUAGUGAGCCAAAUCAAUCAGGAACAGGGGACUUCAUUCCAAAUUCCAGAGGCAUCCGAAGCUGUGGCAGGCCCAUUGGACCCAGGCAAUGCACAGGUGUCUCAAGGUGGAGACAUUCCUAACACACCUGAGGAAGAGAGCCCAUCUCUGUCGACUCCUGAUUCAAACCUAGCGCAUCUUCCAUCGAGUAGGAGAACCUUGCAACCCUUGAGAGCAAGAUCCAAAAGCGACCCUGUACUCCAUCACUUGACAGCCAGAGGACCUGUGCUUAGCUGCGAAGCUGCGACUCAGACUGAAGUGAGAACAGAGUUGGCUCCAGUGACCUUGAGAAAGGGCCUUCGAGCAAGAGCUGUGCGAGCUAGACCUCGCUCUUUGGUAGACUACAAAUCUUACAUAGACACUAAGCUGCUGGUGGCAAAGUUCCUGGAGCAGUCAUCUUGUAGUAUGACCCCAGACAUACACGAACUGGUGGAGAACAUCAAAUCUGUCCUCAAGUCUGAUGAAGAGCACAUGGAGGAAGCCAUCACAAGUGCCAGUUUCCUUGAACAGGUAAUGACUCCUGCUCAGCCAAGCACAUCCAGGGCACAAAUGUUGCCCUAUAGAAGACACCCUGGCCUCCUUCAUCUGGAGAGUUGUGGAGAUCUGAGCACUUUUGCCUCAGCAGAAAGUCGGAGAGUAGAGAGAAGGGUCCCAAGAACAGACCCAGAAAGGCCACACAGCCUUAUUGGAGUUGUAAGAGAAACUGUGCUCUGAGCUAGCCCUUGCGGGUCCCUUGUGGUCAGAGCUCCUUCAAGAAAUCAAUGAGCUGGGAAAGAAAAUCAUGAUUGGAAAGCCCUGUCUCGUCGUGUGGCGUGUCUCUAUGUAUGCUGUUUUGUUGUUAAAGGCUGAUCUAGGAGAAAGGUUUUUGUUCUACUAGUCUUUGCUGUACCGUGUUAUGCCUGAGGAGUCUGGGAUCUACACCACAGGGAAUGUUUAUUUCUCAACUACUGGCUUCACCACCAAGGACAUUCAGGGGGCAAUGAGUAUAUCAUUCCAGACCUAUUGACACUUCGGAUGCAUCGUUAUAAUUUGUGAGCUCAGCUCAUCUUCCCUUCCCUGGGCAUUCCAUAUGGUAUUUGAGUGUUCCAGGCCUUGGUGGGAUGGGAUGUGGGGGUGGCAAUGCCUCAGCUGCCCCUGUGUCUGUCCUGUGGAAGGACAUAAUCUGUUUGGAGGCUAUUUAUAGCUGCCUGUGGCCUCUCACUGCUCAGUGAGAAUGUGAGUUGGCAUAUAAGCAGGAUGAUCAAAUAGCCCUGCUGUUAUUGAAAUGUUAAAGCUCAAGUUUAGGGCAACUCCCAAAGCACUUUCUUUAGGGAAAACAGGAAGCACUUGCAACAACCGGCAAAUUUUUAGCAAAGUAUUUUGGAGGAGCAAUCAUUGGUUCCGUUUAUUCAUGCUUGCAACACUAGAGGCAGUAACUCCAGAAUCAAAAAUAAAAUCAUUCACUUUUUACAA